AAUAUAAGAAAACGUAGCUCUUUUGAUAGUGAAAUACAAAUGUUUUUACUUCGAAUUACAUUUGUGACUAUGAGACAGCGGAUUUUAUGAACUUUUUCGAUACUUGUUUAACAAAGGAAUGGAGGAAACUCCUAAAUCUCUCAUUGAGGGCUUCAUUCAGACGGCCCAAACCCACCAAACUGAAGUUCCAAAACGGUGGAAGCAUGCUCUCAUCCGCACUCCAGACAAGAUCCCAUCACCUGGGGUUGACACUCGGUCAACCACAAAGAGGAAGCGACAGGACUUGCCAGAUAAAACCCCUCGUGCCAUGAUUGAAACAUAUAUGACAAAUGCGAAGACUGAGCAUCUGUCGACUGUGAGGACUAGGCGCCGACGAUCCUUCCCUGCAGCCCCAGUCAAUGUAACUGUUGACAACUUCACACCCAGAACCAACAUUGCCAUGCUUAUAGAACAAGGUGUGGAGGAGACACCCUAUGUCCGUCCUCAGACCCGUCGAUCCAGUAGGAAGUCUUUGCCAGCCCUUCCAGUCAGUGACUCCAUCCAGCUCCUUCCCAUGUCUCCUAGCAUAGAAGAAGAUCGGAGUGGGAUGAAUUCAUCUCGUCGUCGGACAAGGCGAUCUAACACUGGUUUAAUACAAACCAACACUACAGAAAGUGCCAGUAAGAAGAGGAGAUCCAGUACCGGACAUUUGACCAGGUCUACAUUGGAGGGUAUCAGUGACUCUAUACAUCUGCUGCCUGACUUAAGUUCUGGUGAUGAAGCUGUGGAUGCUGAUGACAGCAGAGAGAGGAUGCCCAUAAGGAGAAGUCCAAGAUCAAACCUCACUUCAUCCUCACAGAUGUUUGGAUUCAAGGAGGUCCUGUCCUCUUAUAAAGAAACUAAAGAGGACAGCGUUGAUACAGAUGGUAACCUGAGUGAAAAUGUUCUGGUACCCUCAUCUCAAGACGAAACAACAUCUAAUUCAUCCCCUGUAAGAGUUCCUAACACGGAGGAGAUCCAAGGUUCUCCAAACCAAACGUCAAUAGAUGACAGUCGGCGCACAAACAAAACGUCAGUAGAUGACAGUAGGCGCACAAACAAAACGUCAGAUGACAGUCGGCACACGAACAAAACGUCAGUAGGUGACAGUAGGCACACGAACAAAACGUCAGAUGACAGUCGGCACACGAACAAAACGUCAGUAGGUGACAGUAGGCACAUGAACAAAACGUUAGUAGAUGACAGUCGGCACACAAACGAAAGGUCAGUAGAUGACAGUCGGCACACGAACGAAAGGUCAGUAGAUGACAGUCGGCACACAAACCAAACGUCAGUAGAUGACAGUCGGCACACAAACCAAACAUCAGUAGAUGACAGUAGGCGCAGUUCUUCUGUGUACAUUCCUGAAACACAGGAGGACAACAUGACAGCGGACAGCAGAACACCGGAGUCCUCUCCAUCCAAACCCCUCCCGUCCUCCCAGUCGGAAGAUGGAGCUGAGGCAGACGAUGAAAGUGAGGAGAACGAGGAAUGUCCAGACACACUAGACAAAUUCAGUAAUGUAAGUGGCAAUGCUGUCGAAGUUGUUGGAUCUGAUCGUAAUCGAUCCAAACCAGAAUUGGUAACCUCUGUAAAACCAGUUGAUAACAAUGAAAAUGAGCAUAGCAAUUCUAUAUUCGACAAGUCCACCAGCUUAGUAGAUAUGGAGGGUCAGGGUGAUAUAAAUGUCAGACGAAGCACAGACAUGGCUGCUCCUAGUACAGGUGGCUCCAGGUUAAUACCAGGUAUGGAGGAUCAGGGGGAUAAAAGGGUCAGAGGAAACACGGACAUAGCUAUCCCUAGUACCGGUGUCGCUGAUGAGGACAGGGAGGUCAGCAAUGAACAAACGAGUGUCCGAGAGAUGGUGGAGGAAGAGGAGGAUGAGGGGGAUGCGGAGGCAGAUUUUGUACUAGAUGAGGGAAGUCCACAUAUGGAGGAGGAGGAGGAGGAACCUAUUGAUAAAGAUUUUGAUAUGGAGUCUGAAGGGGAACUUGAGGAAACAGAAGAGAUGACGGAGGAUAUAACAGAAAACUUCAGACUGGCAAAGACGCCUAAGUUAGCCACACCACAGAAUAGUAAGGGUCCAGGUCUCCAGCCACUGACUGAUAUACUGAACAGGGAAUCUGCCCUUCCCCUUCGGUCGGUUAAUGAAGUACUCAGGGAUACUGGAGACACCACAAGGCCGUAUGUGAAAAAAACACAGAGGAAGACUAAAGCAAAAACUCGACAAACUGCCCCUCUACCAGUGUCUGUGAUAAAAAAUGUCUUCAACCAUUACUGUAAGAUGAAGGUGUCAGCGGAUGUCCUCCCGGAGCUCAUCAAUGUGACAGAAAAGUUCUUCAAGCAGGUGCCAGCUGACCUUGAAGCUUAUUGUCACCACGCUGGGAGAAAGACUAUCGAUGACACAGAUGUGGAACUCCUAAUGAAGAGACAACGCCUGAUCAAGGACAACAACUCACUGGAUGUGUUGAUAGAAGAAAAUCUUCCUUUGGAGUACAGACUACAGUUAAUACCUAUAGCCCGGGCCGGGAAUAUUGUCCAUCCUAGAAAAUAAUGAUAUUCUAACUACCUAUAGCCCGGGCCGGGAAUAUUGUCAAUCUUUAAAAAUAAUGAAAUUCUGACUAUCUAUAGCCCGGGCCGGGAAUAUUGUCCAUCCUAAAAAAUAAUGAUAUUCUAACUACCUAUAGCCCGGGCCAGGAAUAUUGUCCAUCUUAAAAAAUAAUGAAAUUCUGACUAUCUAUAGCCUAGGAAACGAAUAUUGUCCAUCCUUAAUAAUACAGGAAUCCUAACUACCUAUAACCCGGGCCGGGAAUAUUGUCAAUCCUAAAUCAUACAGGAAUACAGUCCAUCCUUAAUCAUGCAGUGAUAGAGGACUGUCAAUCCUAAAUCAUACAGGGAUAGAGGACUGUCAGUCCUAAAAUCAUAGAGGAAUCCUAAAUCUUACAGGAGUAGAAGUCUGUCUAUCCUAAGUAAUACAGGAAUAGAGUUAUGUCCAUCCUAGAUAGUACAGGAAUCCCCAGUAAUAGAGGAAAAGAGGACUGUUCAUCCUAGAUAAUAUACAGGAAUAGUUAUGUCCAUCCUAGAUAAUAUACAGGAAUAGGGGAUUUUGUCCUGGCAGCUCUCCUGAAUACAACAUCUUAAAAUCAUGUGGAGGGUAUACUAUGUACUCCUCACCAUCAAAUAUAUGAUGGCAAAAAUCUAGACAUAAAGUUAUUGGGACUUUGGAAUUGAAAUGUAAUUAUAACAGAGUUGAGUUGCAUAUUUUUGACAUCAAGGUAUUGUACUGUAUACCUUUUAUGUCUGUUCUUAGUGUUAUUUUGAAUCUCGACACAAGUUAGAACUGUGUUGUGAUGGUACUGUGGGUACACAGUUUUAACAGAUGUUUUAUGUACAGCAUUACAGCAUUUGUGGUUUUGUACAUUUUAUGGAGGUAAUAAACUGAACUUCAAUACAUUUUACAGAUCAUAUUAAAGUUUCUGAUUUGUGUCUUCCUUAAUAAUCAAUUGUGUACUAGCUAGGAGGGGACACAUUGCUUCAGCAAUACCGAUAUACAGUAAACUUGUUUAAACAGUCUUCACAAUGACUGACUGUUGUCAAUAGUAUUUCAUUGUUAAUAGUUUCUUUGUUAUUCUAUGAUGAUUUCUUGUGCAAUAAAUCUUAUUGAUUAUU